AUGUCACUCACAACAUCAGAUGCCCAGAAGCUCCGUGAAUUGUUUGACAAGUAUGAUGACGAUAAAAACGGAGGUCUCGAUAUCAACGAAUUCAAGAACUUUUUAACAGAAGCUGGCGAAGAAUUCGAUGAUGAAGAUUUGAACGAACUUUAUGCCGUUUUUGAUCACGACCACAAUGGUCUCCUCGCUUUCGAUGAGUUCGUUGACUAUGUUGGAUGCAUCGAAUCCGGCGACGAGCGCAGAUUAAUUGAAUACCGUUUCAAAUCCAUCGAUACUGAUGACAAUGGUGUCCUUGAUGCUAGCGAAUUACAGCAAUUCCAGAAAUUAUGCGGAAAUAUCAUUACUCUUGAACAGGCAGAGGAAUUACUCAAAGAAAUCGAUUGUAACGGUGAUGGCAAGGUCACCCUUGAAGACUACAUCAAAUACUCCGAAUAA